CAUCGUUGGCGGUUGGAAUUUGAAACAUCAACGAGGGUUUCAAAUAGUCUGGGCAGUCGUAUCUGGAGAUGGGGAAAUGAACUCGACGACUGGUUGAGAUGUAUUAAAAUGAUGGCGUCUGCAGAGUGUUUCUUGAUAUCUUUACCUGCGCUGGAUUUGGCAACUGAGCACAUGUGCUUCCCCAGGUCACUUUACUUCACUUCACUUCGAGAUAUCGGGCUGCGCCCUCACUAAUGAUUACUAUCUACGGCUGGGCCUAAUUGAAUAACAAUUACUUUCGUUGAGAUUGACUACUUGUCUUUCCCCUUUGUUUAUUUAUUUCAAGUCUAGGUUGUCGAGAUUCUAUUAGUGUUGCGUAUUCACAAUGAGGAGUUCAAGCUAUCGAAGAAGCGCUCGCGCAAAUAACCUAAGGGUGUUUAUUCGCGACGAUGUCCCAGAUACCGUUGAUGAUGUCGAGUCCGAUUCCGAAUCUGAAGAUGAAGAUGAGCCAGAUACACCAUCGCCAACAAAAGAUGUGUUUCCACCACCUUCUGCUGGGACUGAGACACCCGCACAACAAGUUGGAGCUCCUCAGCCUACAACAACAUUCGCCACGAGCAUUGGCGUACCGACGGCUCAGUCUUCUUCAACCAGUAUAGUUCUUUCACCAAGCGCAUUACCACAAGGCAACGAACCUUCACAAGCCCAAACAGCUCAACCGGAAGCCCCCACACGUAUAAUGAGCAAGGACGGCGCCAUAGCACUCGGCACAAUUGGAGGAACAAUAAUAGCUGCGGCCAUAGUAUUCCUCCUCUGGAAAUGCCGACGGCGCCGAGCCCGCUCAAACGGGAGCGUCACGUCUGGAUCCUCGUUCUUCUCCGGGUUCAAGAAAAUGGAAGAGCCGCGGGAAAUAUACACAACAAACCGCGGGCCAGGAGGGAGGACAGGAUCGAAAAUCAUGGAUGAUCUCAUAGUGGCUGCGUAUGCUGCCGAGGACGGCAAUGCGUCCCAGUACGGGGCAUAUAUGGAUGAAAAGCAACGAUCUAACAACUCUAUGUAUGCCCCGAAUACGAGACAGUCGAAUAUGCCUCAAGCCGCAGUAAAUCCAGAUAGGGGAUCCAACUCUCUUUACGUAAAUCAGCUCAUGUCCGGGUUCUACAAGGGCUCAAGAGCAGAGGGACUCACGACCCCAGCUAAUGCGAGAAUGCCCCCUCCGGUAGCUCCCUCUGUCGCAGGGCAAAGUGAGGCCACAGCUACUACUGAGAGUACGUGGAGGACGUGGGGUUGGUCGCAAACGAAGCCGCCGAAGGAAUCUUGGGUCGAUAAGUGUGUCCGCUUGGGAGGCUUGAGAUAAUUUCAGUCUCGUUUCGAUAUAUUCAUAGAGCAGAUUAUCUAGGAACUUGGAUAUCGAGCUACUACAAUAGUUGAAAUCGAAGCGUUACAAUAUCCGCAUUUUAAUUCACCAUGGCUCUUAGUAAAGGUGACGUUACUUGAAAGAAAAACGCAUUAGUUCUAUUAAGCCAUGUCCACUAGACUACCUGAAGUAAAGGAGCGUUCAAAUACAACGCGCAAACUGCCACAUGCGAGAACCCUUUUGAGAAAUAACGAUGAAAAGUUCACCGAGUCAUUAUGGUUAUGUUGAUCAGCAGCAUCCAUACCCUUUCCCGCCUCU